AUGAGUGUUUCAAGAGAAGGCUAUUUAAUGAAAAAAGGUAGUAAAACAAAUUCAUGGAAGAAGUGUUAUUUUAUGGUUCAAUCAAAUUUAUUAUUAAGAUAUGAAAAACAACCUAAAAAAGUAUCAUUACCAAAAGAUACAAUAGAUUUAAUAGCAACAGAUAUUCAGCAUAGCAGCCUAACAAAAUAUUGUAUAUCAAUUAGAAAUUUAAAUACACACAAAACAACAUAUCUAACAGCACAGGACCAAAAUGAAAUUGAAAGUUGGUUAACCUCAUUAAAAAAUGCUUCAAACAACUUUAAAUCAACAACUACAACCACAACCACAACAUAUAUACAAACACAACCACAACAACAACAACAGCAACAGCAACAGCAACAGCAACAGCAACAGGUUAGCUAUUCAUAUGGUACAGGUAGUAUAAGUAAAAGUGGUACUUCAACAACAACAACUACCACAAGUGUAUUUCCAUCAUCAUAUUAUUCCUCAUCCUCCAAUACAGCCGUAAAUCCCACCUACUUUACUCAGGUAUCAACUAACAGCCAAUCAAAUAUUAAUCCAAUGGACUUUUAUCAGUACAAAGCAUCUGUUUCACCCAAUAAACUCCCUGCCACAACAACUACUGUAGUGAUCCCACCACCACAACAACCUGCACCAGGGUCUUUCAACCAACCAUACACCCAACAACCACUAUUACCAAAACAAUCUUCAUUAUCAUCGUUAAAUCCGCAAUAUAAUCAACAACAACAACCACCAUUACCACAACAUUCAUCUUAUAAUCAAUUUCCACAACAAUAUUCACCACCCCCAUCUCACUACCAACCACAACAACCCCAAUCAUAUUAUCCUCCACAACCAUCGCAAUAUAGCAGUUAUACACAAACUUUACAACAACCACAACAAUAUUCGCCACCUCCAUCCCAUUACCAACAACAACCACAACAACCACAACAAUCACAACAACCACAACCAAACCAACCACAGUUUUCCGAUUUUUCUUCACAGCCACCACCAUCAUACUCUCAAUAUUCCCAGUACUCUCAAUAUUCAUUCAAAACUAAGUAG